UACCUGCCAUAUUGUCCGGUGCAGCUUCAGCAACCGCGAGUGUUCAUGGGAAAUGUAGUAGACGAAGGAAUGACGUACAAUUCCUGCGUCAGUCGCACGUAAACACAGGGCGAGAUGAUGGAGGACUUCUCUGGGUUGGCCCUGCCUCCUCUUUUUGGAGGACACAUCCUGGAGGCUGAGCUGGAGCCUGGUGGUGUGGAGCUGGGACCAGGAGAGGUGGAGCUGGACCCAGAUCCAGGAGGCAGUGAGCUGCUUGAGAGCACAGCUCAAGAAGACGAAGAGAGGAGAGCUCUCGACAAAAGGAAAUGUGUGUCGCUGAGCAGGAGGUGCUUGGAAAUUGAACAGGUGAACCAGAAAAUCCUGAAUCGCCUUCACCAAGUGCAAAGAAUUACACGACGUUUGAAGAAAGAGAGACGGUUCCUGAUGAAAACUUUGGAUGCCCAUGGAGAUGAUUACAGAAAUGCCCAGCUCACCAUAAUGCUUGAAGAUGAGCCCGGAGCCCAUUUGGAUACUGGUGCCGCAGUCGAGGAGGAAAGACUCAAUGGUUUGUCCAGCUCCUCUGCAGCUCUACAUCAUGCAGCCGGGCCGAAGAAGAAGAAGCACAGAAUUCCUCGGCAAGAAAAGGACAAAGAGCAACAGAUUGAACCCGACGUGUCUAUGUUGGCAGAGACUCAGUUUGGAGAAAUGCCGAGCCCAACGUCUCUGUCACACUGACCGGUGCCCAGGAUAUUUUUCUUCAGCUGUUCAUUGGAUGAUUUGCACUGUUUAUUGAUUCCCUUCAAGGAGCCACACAGAUGGACAAGAGGAUACAACUAAAUAGAACACAAGUCCACAUGAAUAUUACAAAUUUAUUUAUUUAUUAGGAUCAAUUAUUAAAAUUUAUACUUUUCUUUUUGAGUAUUGGCUAUUGAUAUAUUAAAGUUCAUGUUUUUAACUGUUAAAAUAACUCAGUUGAGCAAUCUGAAAUCGACUGAUACAAAUUCACCUGUGUUUGUCCUUUUGCCACGUUCGAUGUUUGAAAGGUAAAGGCUAAACUUAGGAUGUGAGGCCUUCAACCUGGCAGUGGUUAAAUAUCAGGAUGAUGGGGUUCUAAAACUAAAGCAAAUCACCUUUAGAUUCCUGUUGGCCAAGUAUUUGUGCCCCAUUAGGAAACCGGCCUGAAGGAACCCAGUCAAGUAUUUUUUUUGUGGCCUUGUCAAUCACCGCUGUAUCUAACUUUGUUUUUGUCUUUUGUCUGGUAAGUUCCUCACGCUGAAACAUACCCACUGGUUCAAAAAGCUGGAAAAAGACGGAUCAUAAAACCAGUAAUAAAAAUAUGAUAGUUGAUUUAA